AUGUUCCCUUAUAGUUCAAACCCUUAUCCUUCUUUUCUUCCUUCAUCUUCUUCAUCUUCUUCUUCUUCACUCUUUCCUUUUCCUUUUCUUAAUCCUGAAAAUGCUUCUUCAACCAACAAUAACAACACUCUUUUUCAUGAUCCAUUUUCUAUUCCUUAUAUACCAACUCACCAUCAUCAUUCUCAUCUUCAUAACAUUACCAAUAUUCCAGAAACCCUAACAAACUUGGCUGUUUCACAAGAUAGUAACAACAAUAUUAAUAAUAUUGCGGUUCCGAUGCCGAAACAAGAUCCUUUAACUCUUGGUGGUGGUUCUCACUAUGGAAUUUCUUGUUUCCUUACUAAGAAACCGGCGAAAAAAGAUCGGCACAGCAAGAUUUACACUUCUCAAGGCUUGAGAGAUCGUAGGGUUAGGCUUUCGAUCGAGAUCGCUCGAAAGUUCUUCGAUCUUCAAGAGAUGUUAGGGUUUGACAAAGCUAGCAACACCCUUGAUUGGCUUUUCACUAAAUCUAAGAAAGCAAUUAAGGAUCUAACAAAAAGCAAGCAAAGAAACAACAAUAGUGAAGUUGAUGGUGAUGCUAAAAGCUUCGCAUCUUCUUCGGAUUGUGAAGAUUCAGAAGUUGCUACUAAUGAUUCCUUAAACCUACAAAAGGAGGGUGCAGGAAGUAAAAUUGAAGAUAAGAAGUUGAAAAGAGUUCAGAUCAAAGAACCUGCUUGUGCUAGAGCAAGUAAGAUGAAGGAGUCAAGAGAAAAAGCAAGAGCAAGAGCAAGGGAAAGAACUAGUAACAAGAUCUCCAACAACAACAUAAGGGGGGUGCAGGAAGUAGAAUUGAAGAAAAAGUAUGAAAAUAGUAACAAUAAUAAUAAUCUUCAAGCUUUUCACCAAUCAAGAUCUUCAUCACAAGAUCAUCAAAUUGUGAGUAGUAAUGAAGCACAAAGAGGUAACUUUAAUGUUAUUGAAGAAUCAAUUGUGAUUAAGAGAAAGUUGAAGCCUUCUUUGAUGAUGCAUCAUCAUCAUCACCAUCAACAAAACCAUGUGAUUCCUAAGGAAGCAACAAGUUUCAACAACAAUGGUGAUUAUAAUUUCUUGCCUAAUUCAUCUCCAAAUUGGGAUGUUAAUAAUGGUAGUUCUUCUACUAAUAGAUCCACCUUUUGUGCAAUAGCUAGCAUGAAUCUUUCUACAGGGCUUCAAAUCUUUGGAAAAUCAUGGGAAGAAUGCACCAACCCACGUCUACAUUAG